GGCAACACCGAGACACAUAGGAGGCAAGGAUUUCACAGACGACCGCUGCCGCUUGCAGACAGAAUGGCUGAAGUUGAGGAAACACUGAAGAGGAUUGAAGCCCAUAAAGGUGUGAUUGGAACAAUAGUCGUCAAUGCAGAAGGGAUUCCUGUGAGGACAACCUUAGAUAACUCCACCACGCUUCAGUAUGCAAGGCUUCUUCAGCACCUCACCACACAGGCCAGGAGCACCGUGAGGGACAUCGACCCUCAGAAUGACCUCACCUUCCUCCGCAUCCGCUCCAGGAAGCACGAGAUCAUGGUGGCACCAGAGAACGACUUUCUGUUGAUAGUCAUCCAGAACCCAUGUGAAUAGCUGCCAGGCACUUGCGUGAAAGUCAUUCUUUGUUUUGUCACAGACUGGUGCUGUGUCUGUUGCUCCACAUCUUAAAUCAUCUUUUUAUACUUGGACUACAAGUAUAUGGCCUUAAAAUACACAAUGCUUGUACUUUUAUUUCUAUGUGUUGAUGUUAAAGUCUAUGAGUAAAGCUGUUUAUUGUCCUCAGUA